UAUCACACAAGAUAAAGUUUAUUGAAGAGCAAAAGAAAAAUAAUAAGUUUUGAAAAGGCAAAGCGAAAACAAAAGAAAUGGCAAAGAACCUCAACACUGUCAGCUUUACCGUUCUCUUGUUCGUCCUCUUGAUGGCUUCCACUGGAAUCCUAGAGACCGAGGCUGCAUGCUUCAAGUUCUUAGGCGAGUGUGGGGCGGUCCCGUUCCCAGGUUCAAAUGCUGAUUGCAAAAGCUGUUGCGUGGGAAUAUUCGGAUCUGCAGUAUGUGCUGGACGUGUUGAAGUUGAGGGAGGCGUGAAUCACUGCCAUUGCUACGGAACGUCUUGAUAACCUCACCAAGUGUAACUUUUUCUUUCGUUCAGUGUGUGGACAUUCCAUGUGUGUAUGUUAAUGUUCAAGUUUAUUUUGCUUCCAAAUAAAACAUCAAGGGCAAA